CUUAUAUAGAUGUGUCCAAACCGAGCGUUGUCUUGAAGAUGAUAGAUAGGCCUCGUUGUUAAUCUUUGCUUUUUCAGCUGUUCGUCGUUGCGAUUGAGCGAUCAUGGACGCCGCCAACAUGUUAGUCCCGCGUGCGCACAUCCAAAACCACAGCGAGGGCACCGCCGUGGUACCGCAUUGGGGAUACGCAGAUCGCGUCGUGCCUUGCACCAACGACGCGGGUUCCUGCACCUAUCUCGAUGUCGUGUACGCCGCCCAUGAUCUGGGAAUGUACUACACUGGAAUCAUCUGGGCGACCAUUGGCGGCAUCCUCUUGAUCUGGGCUGUUGGACGACACUUUUCACGCUCACAGCCAUCGGGCGUGCAAUUACCAGUACAAAAAGGAGAAGGAGUAAACCAAAGCCGAAGCGCAAUUGCACGAUUAUCACGGGCUGUUCCAGCGUACGCACGACAAUAUCUCCUCCCAGAUGCCGCAAGACCAGUCUUCGGUCGCGUAACGCGCACACAGGUUUUGACGCUGGUCGUCCUUACUGGCUAUCUCACCGUCUUCUCCUUCGUCGGCAUCAUCUACGGAAAAUGGGUCACUCCCGUCAAGAAGCUGCCCGGCGUCUACAACAUCCGCACCAGCCUUGGACCGUGGGCGGAUCGUGUCGGUGUCAUCGCCUACGCCCUAACGCCUCUCUCCGUCAUGCUCUCGAGUCGUGAGUCAAUCCUGUCCCUCGUUACUGGCCUGCCAUACCAGAGCUUCAACUUCCUCCACCGCUGGCUCGGCUACAUCAUCUUUGCUCAAUCAGGCCUUCACACCAUCGGCUGGUGCGUUGUUGAAAUCCGCUUGUAUCAGCCUCAGCCUAAAGUCGCCGUGGAGUGGAUCGUGCAACCCUACAUCAUCUGGGGCGUGGUUGCCAUGAUCCUCCUCACAUUGAUGCUUGUCCUUUCCACCCCAUGGGGCAUCCGAAUGACGGGCUACGAAUUCUUCCGGAAGGCCCACUACGUUCUGGCCAUGGUCUACAUCGGAGCCUGCUGGGGUCAUUGGGCGCAGCUGAAAGUUUUCCUCUUGCCAGGUCUGCUCGUAUGGUUUAUCGAUCGCGGUGUCAGGUUUAUCAGAACCGCAUUAUUGCACUACAACUUCCUGCCCUCGGGACAUAUGGGCUUCCGCGCCGCGCCCGCAAACAUCACCUUUUUCAAGGACGAGACACACGGAGACGUGGUGCGCCUCGACUUUGAUCAUCCUCAGGAUGCGUGGGACGUUGGUCAGCACUUCUACCUCUCCUUCCCGGAGAGCAGUAUCUGGCAAUCCCAUCCUUUUACCCCACUCAGCCUCCCAGUCUAUGGCGCAGACUCCCAAAGGCACUCAUACAUCUUCCGCGCAAAGAAGGGAGAAACUCGCAAAAUCACCGAGCUCUCCGCACUUCGCACUGCUCGGAUGACAGAUCACGAGCAGCCGCAUGAAGGGCUGAUGGCAGAGGCAAAGCUCUCCGUCGUGCUCACUGGCCCUUACGGCGAGCAGACACUACGUGGUCUAUCGUCUGACUCAAAUGUCCUCUGCGUCGCUGGCGGCACAGGAAUCACUUACGUUCUUCCCGUUCUUCUUGACCUCGCUUCUCGACCUCAAUCGUCGAAUCGUCACAUCUCGCUCGUCUGGGUCGUGCGACGGAGAAGCGACAUCGACUGGGUUGCCCCAGAGCUCGCUGUCCUCAAGCGCAAGUGCCCUAACCUGCGCACCGGCAUGCACAUCUACGUCACACGCGCUGCGGAAGAGCAAGAUGCCACCGCGCCCGCCAUCUCAGAAAAGAGAACAGUAAAUGACUGCUCCAAGGAGAUCGAACCUAGUAGCUCGGAUGCCUCGUCCGCGUCGAUAUCGUCUGCACUAUCCGUCCACGGUGUGGCGAAAGCAGACCUGGGCUUGAACCACUACCAAGCAAGACCGGAUCUUGGCGUCGUUGUGAGAGACUUUGUUGCGGGAACCAUAAGCGGGACGACAGACGUCUAUGCUUCAGGGCCUGGCGAGAUGAUCAGCGAUCUCAGGGGGAUAAUAGCAGGCGCCAAUAAGGGGGGAGAGGUUUGGAAGGGAGUAGAUCGGUGGGAUGUGCGUUUGACGUGCGAUGACCGGUUAGAAUGGUAGAUUCCAGAGGACUAUGAUACCCCAUGAAUAUAACAUUUUCACGAGCA